AUGGGCCAGCAGCUCUCAGGUCAGGCGGUGAUGAACCAUCUGCCUGAGAAGCUGGUGAAACACGCCGGACUGGUACGUGACAGCGGCUACCUAACCUACGAGGAGUUUCUGGCAAGAGUGGCCGAACUUAACGAAGUUACGGCCAAGCUAGCUUCUGGACAGCAGAAGCACCUGCUGUUUGAGGUUGAGCCAGGAUCCGAUGCCACGGCCUUGUGGAAGGUGGCUGUCAGGGUCCUCUGUACCAAGAUCAACAAAGAGAACGGUAUGUUGGAAGCGUCACGCAUCAUGAACCUGUACCAGUUCAUCCAGCUGUACCGUGACAUCACCAGCCAGGCUGCUGAGGUGCUGUCUGCAGAGGGCCCGUCUGCCCAGCUCCCCUCCACAGACUCCUGCCAGGCCAGCAUGUGGAUGGGCAGAGUGAAGCAGCUGACUGAUGAGGAGGAGUGCUGUAUCUGCAUGGACGGAAAGGCCGACCUUAUUCUGCCCUGUGCGCACAGCUUCUGUCAGAAGUGCAUUGAUAAAUGGAGUGGGCAGAGCCGAAACUGUCCGAUAUGUCGCUUGCAAGUGACUGCUGCCAAUGAAUCAUGGGUAAUGUCUGAUUUCCCCACAGAGGACGACAUAGCUGGCUACAUACUCAACUUGGCUGAUGAGGCGGGUCAUCCACACAGGCCUUAACACACAACAUAAUGGGCCACUUAGAUGACAAGAGAAAUCGACCCGCACCAAGUAGACAACACAAAAUGUCACAUUCAC